AGGUAUUUGCCUUAUUCAAAUAUCAGGUGGUGGCAUGAAAAUUUUAAUUGUCGCCGUCAAAAUUAUCUUUGGUGGUUAAGCAGUAUAAGGGAAAAUGUCACCAUGGGUGUGCGCAGAUGUGUUUGUUGUGUUUUGUUACUUGUUGUGUUGCUCAGAAACAGAAGCACUUGGAUUAGGUUUUGUCCUUGCAUUUCCACUUUCUGCCUUCUUAAACAUACAUUUAAUGGGAUAUUGUGUGUUAAAGCAGGCCCUUAUACUCACAAGUGCUUGCAUUGUGUUUGCUGAGGUUAAUUGUUACAUUGAAAGCAACAGAAACGUUUCCAGAGACGCUACAAGGGAAAGACCUGCCGCUUAAAGACUCCUAAAUCGAAAUCUAUGGGAGAAUUCCACGGGAGAAUGCCAAACAUAGCGGUUGUAUGACACAUGUACCGCCCCCCAAAAAAAACAAUCGUCUGCUUUGUGACAGCUAAACCGGGGAAACAUUCAGCCAAUUGUGUUAUGAAGCCAUGUGCAUGUGUAGCAAAAGUAUAGCCUUGUAGAUUCCAGACCAGAUCUCCACAGAGCUGUAGAACGGUCUGACUGCGCCUCAUUCUCGUGCUGGAUUGUUUAUUUUUCUUUAAACCAAUCACAGUCGUUUUGGGCGGUGCUAGGCCCAGGAUGUAGUGAUGGUGCAAAAUAGUGACAGGGGAAUUGUUUUGGUGAAGGGAGUCAAGCGGUGUCAUAAAAUUUGCCAAAAAAAGCAAGUAGGGCUGCCUUAUUGCGUGAUUGUAAAUCUUCGGCAAAACUUGCAAUUUUCAGCGUGUAGCUUACAGCUCAGAGGUUGUUUUUUCCUGCAGCUACGGGGAGCUAAUAUCUCAUUGAUGAUAGUACAUGUGAGAUGUUGAGAAUAGCAUUUUAUCCUGGGCUUUUUCCACUUAAGACAAGUACAUAUGUAGAAAUAGUACAAUUAAAAAUGACUGAAUUCCAUUAGCUGCUUGCUAAGUAACAUCUGUGCUUUUGCAGCUCUGUCUACACUAUCUAAGUCAAACUAUCUGCUCAAAGGUCUGUUGUGUUUAAAAUGGUGUAAAUAUAAACCCCAGUACACACGUGGCUUUUUGUUUUUUUAUCUUGAAAAUAUUUAACCCCCCCAAAAUAAUCUAAGCUCAAGGUCCAUUUACUGGAGAGUUUGCACAGCUGUCGCCAAGUUUCAUUCCUAGGUCACAUGAUGGCAGAUAAGCAAGCUUCAUCCGAUGAUGAGGAAGAUCAUGAGAUGUGGUCAAAAGGGCUGGAAAAAUGGAGCGUGGAGGAAACGCUGGUUCGUGCUUCGGAGAGGUCGCAUGAGCGGUAAUCCUGAUGUGCUGGAAUACUACCAAAGCAAAAACUCCAAAAAGCCAAUACGUACCAUUGACCUGAAAGAGUGUGAGGUCGAAAUGCUCAACGGGCAGCUUCGGAUAAAGCGAGACUUCCAUGGGAAGCACCUCUUUGUGGUGAAGACGUCGUCUCGCAUUUUUUACCUGGUGGCCAAAACUGAGGAGGAGAUGAACAGCUGGAUCAGUAGCAUCAGUCAGAUUUGCCAGUUUGCGAGCCUGGAGGAUCCAGAGAGUUCAGAAGAAGGCUUUCCUCAGACCCCCACCUCCCUACAGCUGUCACCUGACAGCCCUGACCGAGCGUCUGUAGCAAGUCAACCAGAUUCCACUCAUCCGCUGGACUACCUCUUUCUCUCGCAGUGUGAGACGGGGAGUGUGAGCACUAGUAGACAUGACAGCUUUUCAAACUCUGACAUCUCUCUGGAGCAGAAGUCAUCAGACGAUGCUGUCAAGGACAUUUCCACUGACUGCUCCUCAUCCUCCAUCUCUCAUGUCAGUCCCAGUCCGUGUCUUUUCCCCAGUGGGAGGUUGACUAACCCUCCCUUCAGCGCUCCGUGCAUCCCGAUAGCUUUGCCGUCAUCCUCUUCCUCUCCGCUGCGUCACUGCGCCACAAGUGUCUUCCAGUUUGACAAACCCUAUUCUUCCGCGUCAUUUGAGGCAACGGCCGAUAAACAAACACCUCCUCCACUGCCACCCAAGCCUAAUCACCUGUCAGAGCAGCUAAGUGAUGAAGCAGCUCACAGGCUGAGGGCAAUGAGUACACAGCAUUUCUCAAGCAGCGCUGCAUUAUUUCCCCGGAGGACCUCGUUGUCCAGCCUGGACCAUUUCAGAAUAGGAGACGCUGACAGCAGACUGAUGAGGAACAGGAGGCAAAGUGUCAAUUUGCCUUGUUUAAAUACCACACAAGUUCAAAGCUACCAGGAUGAGUCAUACGUCCCCAUGGCGUCCCCGUCCCCCUCUCUUGCUGCUAUCGAAUGUGAUGGUUACAUCCCCAUGAGCCCCAUGGCAUUCAGCUUCCUCACCCCAAACUGCGGCGUGGACUCCUCCCCGUCUCUCAGCCAGCUGUUGUGUCCACCUGGAGAUCUCGCGCCACCUCCAAUCCACCGGCACCUUAAGCCCAGCUUGAGGAGAGCUCGACCCCCACCUCUUGACUUGAGAGGCCUUUCUACAAUCACAGAAUGUCCCACUCAUCUGCCUCUGAGCAGGGCCAUGACCGAAUCAUGCUUUUCCAAGAACUGUUCACCUCUUGAACGAAGACUCGAAAAUGGGGACAAAUCAAGAGAUGAAGUCACAACCUCGUCUGCAAUGGAAUCAAGGCAACAGUUCUGUCUCACCUUUGAUGGAGCAGUUCAGCCUUGGUUGAGAAAUCCAAACCUUGACUAUUUGUCACUGGAUUUCAAUUCCGCACCCCCCUCUCCUGUGCAGAAGCAGAAGCCGUUCCUGUCUGAUGAGCACAGAGUGGAUUAUGUGCAGGUGGAUGAGAAGAAGACUCAGGCACUUCUAAACACCAAAAUGGAGUGGACAGACAACCGGCAGUCAAAAACAUGACUGGACGAUUCAUGAUGGGAAAAAAAUAUAAUAAAAAAAAUCAGGAACACUCAGCUACAUAAGGACCAAUAACAAAACCAGCAAUUAGGCUUUAUUUGAAAAACAGUAUUGAAAUAAAAUUACUAGAGUAAUAAGAGGUUUUAUGCUCUUCUGCAUAGAGUAAACACAAAAUUGCACUGUUACAACUAAGUUAACUCUCAGUAGAGGGGAACUGUAAAUACUGCCUGAUCAUGCACUGUUCACAUGAUUACUGUAGCAUAAGGAUCUACCAAAUCUUGAAAAUGGCAUCAUAUUGCUUUACUGUAAAAUAAAAGACGUCGCUGUAAAUGUAUGUAAAAUAA